AUGACAGCCGCCUCUCAAGCAGACGAAGCUGUAGUUCCUCGCUCAGUACCCAAGGUUCAGGAGGUUCCAAAGCGCAAAUGGACCAGUUAUAUCUGGGAUACCUUUGAUAAGUCGCCGGAGGAACGUCGGUUGCUUUUCAAAUUAGAUACUGCUAUUCUGACCUUUGCGUCAUUAGGUUAUUUCAUCAAAUACCUUGACCAAAUUAAUAUCAAUAAUGCUUUCGUGUCUGGGAUGAAGGAGGAUUUGGGCCUGUACGGUAACCAACUGAAUUAUAUGCAAGCAUGCUGGACAGUUGGAUACGUCAUUGGCGAGAUCCCAAGCAACAUCUUGUUGACACGAGUAAGACCAAGAUACUGGAUACCGGCUGCAGAGCUCCUAUGGACAGUCCUUACGUUUUCGCUGUCCAGGUGCAAUACUGCCACUCAAUUCUAUGUAUUGAGGUUCUUUAUUGGUCUGGCGGAAAGUACCUUCUAUCCGGGAAUGCAGUACAUUAUCGGUUCAUGGUAUCGACGGGAUGAGCUCGCCAAAAGAUCAUGCAUUUUCCAUACCAGCAGUGGCAUUGCUAGUAUGUUCUCCGGUUAUCUCAUGGAUGCUGUGUAUCACCUUGGAGGCAAAGGGGGCUUCAAGGGGUGGCAAUGGCUUUUCGUGAUCGACGGUGUCAUCUCUCUUCCAGUCGCGAUCAGCGGCUUUUUCGUGCUACCUGAUGUUCCGGAGAUUUCCAACCCGUGGUACCUUACCAAGGAGGAAGUUGCCUUAUCACAAAAAAGGAUGCAGCUUGAGGGUCGAAAGGAUCGAGGCCCCUUCACGAAAGCAAAAUUAAAGAAGAUAUUCUCUUCUUGGCACAUUUAUCUGUUGACGCUACUAUAUGUGCUCUUUAACAAUGGUGCUGUCGGUGGACAGCCUGUCUUCCAACAAUUUCUUAAACACUCAACGAAUCCGAAAUACUCUGUGGGUCAGAUCAACGCAUACCCGACAACGACCAAUGCAGUACAAGUCGUAACAACGCUUGCUUAUGCUUGGUCUUCAGACACAAUUUUGAAUGGCCGUCGCUGGCCCCCGAUCAUAUUUGGCGCUGUGGUGAACAUUAUAAGCUAUGUCUCACUAGCUGUAUGGAACAUUCCAAUCGGAUGGAAAUGGACUUGCUACAUCAUCUCUGGGGCAGGAUUCGGUCUCAGCGGGCUAUGCAUGGCUUGGGCCCACGAGAUAUGCUCUGAGGAUAAUGAGGAGCGAGCGCUUGUAAUAGGCAGUAUGAACGAGAUGGCAUAUGUCUUCCAAGCAUGGCUCCCACUCAUUGUGUGGCAACAAGUCGAUGCACCAGAAUACCAGAAGGGAUUUAUUACAGUGUCUUGUAUAUCCUUUGCUUUGAUCAUCACGACAUUUGUUAUCCGAAAUCUCGAUCACAAGGAGGGAAGGCAACGGAGGGAUUGGAGCAGCCAGGAACAAGAAGCAGAAGAUAUUUCUUCUGACUCCAUUUCCGUGACUCCCGUAGACACUAAUCAGCCUCUGAAGCUCUGA